AUCGCACCUGCUUCCUCUUGAAGUGUAGACUUGUUUAUUUGGGCGUUAUUGAACGAUCCGGUGUGUUUCACUAUGAGCCCGGUGAGGUAACACUUGCUCUGACAUUUGAAUGGCUGCUUACUGGCCUGUGCGAUCAUAGUGCGUCCAACUCGGUGUGUGUGCGCAUCCGGAUUUGCUGAUGUAAUAGCAUGUCAAACGGCCCGUGGUACUAGCGUGCACGUGAAUGUGUGUGCACAAGUGUGCCCACAUACCUUUAUUACCGAAGGAAACACCCCUGGCUAAUGCUGUGUUUUGGGCAGCGAGGAAGGGGAACUUGGCUCUGCUUCAACUGCUACUCAACAGCGGGCGAGUGGACGCAGACUGCAGAGACAGUUAUGGAACAACAGCGCUGAUGGUGGCAUCAUACAGCGGCCAUUAUGACUGUGUUAAAGAGCUUAUCAUGCAAGGGGCUGAUAUCAACUACCAAAGAGAGACAGGUUCUACCGCUUUGUUCUUCGCCUCCCAGCAAGGACACCAUGACGUUGUAAAGCUCCUCUUUGAAUUCGGUGCCUCCACUGAAUUCCAGACAAAGGAUGGUGGCACAGCUCUCACUGUCGCGUCUCAGUACGGUCACUCCAAAGUGGUGGACACCCUGCUGAAAAAUGGAGCCAAUGUUCACGACCAGCUGAACGAUGGUGCCACCCCUCUUUUCCUUGCUGCCCAAGAGGGUCAUGUGACUGUGAUUCGUCAGUUGCUGUCAUCCGGUGCCAAGGUCAACCAAGCAAGGGAGGAUGGCACUGCCCCCCUGUGGAUGGCAGCCCAGAUGGGUCACAGUGAGGUGGUGAAGGUGCUGCUCUUACGCGGUGCUGAUCGGGAUGCUGACAGACAAGAUGGAUCAACAGCGCUGUUCAAAGCAGCGCUGAAAGGCCACAAUGGCGUCAUCGAGGAACUCCUCAAAUUUUCUCCAUCACUUGGCCUUCUUAAGAAUGGCUCUACUGCCCUUCAUGCUGCUGUUAUGAGUGGAAAUCUUCAAUCUGUUCUGCUGCUACUUGGAGCGAAUGCUGACCCAACACUACCCAAUAAGAAUAGUGAACUUCCUGCAGAUCUGACAAAGAAUGAUCGCAUCCUUAAGGUUUUACGUCCAAAAAUCCUGAAUGGACACAGCUGAUAACGGCACAGAUUCCUGCCUUCACGCCUGCCUGUGUAAGGAGGGGGAAGGAAAACAAGUGUCCAAUCCACUCAAUUACAACACGUACUGUACACGGUGCUUGCUUUUGGUUGAAAUUAAGCUGUCGUAUGCCGAACAAACCUGGACAAAGUAUAGCGCAACACAAAAAACAUUUGUCUUCCAUGUGCAUCAUCCCCUACUGGUCUCCUGUUUAUCUUUGUUUAUCCCAAGUGUUGUCAGAGUUCUAUAUAUUUUGCACUCUUUAUUUGCCUUUUUAAUAAAUGUAAUAAAGUGUAAUUUUAUUUAUUAAUGCAGGA